GCUGAAGGCAGUCGCCCAACUGGCUGAGCCACCCAGGUGCUACAGUAGAGACUAGCCUGAUUGAUGAAACUUACCAAUGAUUGUACUUCAUAUUGGAAAUAGAGCCUGAAGUCGAGAUUUUCCCAUUCUAAGCAGUUUUGAUGGCAGAAAAAAGAAGGUCCUACAGUGGAGGGGAAGCAAUGGAGGAACUCAUGGGACCCAAUGUACAAAAAUGGGCCAAUGUAGAUCCAGAAGAACGAAUGUUGGCAGCCGCUACAGCUUUUACUCGUAUCUGUGCAGGGCAGGGUGAGGGAGAUGUCAGGAGAGAUGCCCAGCCUAUCCAGUAUGAUCCCUACAGUAAAGCUUCAGUAACUGCAGGAAAGCGACCUGCUCUUCCUGUGCAAAUGCAGUAUCCACAUGUAGAAAGUAAUGCCUCUUCAGAAACAGUCUCUGAGGCGUCCCAAAGACUCCGAAAGCCAGUGAUGAAGAGAAAGGUGUUGCGCAAGAAGCCAGGUGGGGAAGUAUUAGUGACCGAUGAGUCGAUUAUCAGUGAAUCAGAGUCUGGUACAGAGAGUGAUAUGGAUCUCUGGGACUUAAGACAAAGGCUCAUGAGUCUACAGUUCCACGAAGACAGGGAAUCCCCAGAUGACAUUUCACAAAAAUUUAACUUACCACAUGAAUACCAAGGAAUUUCUCAAGAUCAACUCAUUUGCUAUCUACGAAGAGAAGGAAUGGGCCCUCCGGCUUAUGAACAAGACCUGAUUGUUGCCAGCCGACCCAAGUCCUUUAUUCUCCCAAGGCUGGACCAGCUGAGCAGAAAUCGAGGCAAGGUAGACCGGGUAGCCCGAUACUUUGAGUACAAACGAGACUGGGACUCAAUGAGGUUACCUGGUGAAGAUCACAGAAAGGAAUUACGCUGGGGUGUCCGAGAGCAGAUGCUUUCUCGAGCAGAACCCCAGUCCAAGCCUCAGCACAUAUAUGUUCCAAACAAUUACUUGGUGCCAACUGAGAAGAAAAGAUCUGCCCUUCGGUGGGGUGUUCGCUGUGACCUUGCAAAUGGUGUCAUGCCCAGGAAGCUUCCCUUCCCUCUUUUUCCUUCUUAAAUAUUUUUUUUAGCCUCUUUUAUGGGAUUGUUUGGGGGUAACCUGGUUCUUUAUCUCUGUCCUUCUAUUUAAAUAGAAACAACUAACUUGAAAGCCCAUGGAACAUUAUACAGUAAGGACUUCACCCAUCAUUGGUCUUUCCUAGGUGUGUACAUUGGUAUCAAAUACCACUUCACUUCCAAAUUACCACUCUCAGAUCCACUAAUUGCAAGAGAAGUCAUGGCAAAGAAAGAAAAACAGACCUAGUCUUUCCACUUUGUCAGAUAGCACCGUUUCCGUUCUAUACUGUUUUUAACCUUUGUCCAACGUGAGUUGCUGUUUUUAAAGUUGCUGGGCAUUAAGCUUAUUCAUUAAAGAAUUGGGAU